AUGGCAGAUGCUGAAGAAGCCAGCGAAGACGCUGGAGAGCCUGGUGAUGUGGCAUUGGAAGACGGGUCAGUGGAUGAUCCCGAGGGUGAUGAAGAGGCUGCAGGGGAGGCAAACGAUGAGUCCCCGGAUGUCCGACCCCGCAACCUGGAAACUGAUGUGCCAAAUCCUAUGGAGAUUCUUGGGACAGAGGAGCUGGAUGAUCUAGAGCCGGAGUUUGCUGGCCCGGAGGAUGUGCCACAUCCCUCGGAGAUUCUUGGGGAAGGGGAGCUGGAGGAUCCUGCAGAGGAGUUUGCUAGCGCAGAGGCUGGCGAGAAUGAGCAGCAGCAGAAGCAGCAGGAAAGCUUGAAGCGCAAGAUGAGUGUGGCCGAUGGUCUUUCGAAUGCUGAGCCAGUUGUUAGCACACCUCCGCCUGCUGCCAGGGCCGAGCCUAGCAGUGCCAGUGACCCUAAGCACAAGAACCCCUGCCCUGUACGAGGGGGCAAGGGCAAGGGCAGGGGCAAGCGGGCCAGUGGAGAUGCCAAGCCGAAGCGGGAAUCCGGGAAGGGCAACAGCAGGGCUGUGGAUGCAAAGGACAACGACACAGGCAAGGGCUCACCUCGUGAUGCAGAGCAAGGCAAAGGUGGCAAAGCAAAGGGUGGCAAAGGCCACAAAGGUGGCAAAGGCAACCCGGAUGCUGCACUGAGACGGCAGCAGCUGUCCGAUGAAAACUUGAAAAUUAUCCGUGGCUUGGCCCCAAAGCACCCAGAGCUGCAGCCACAGGUUGGUUUCACAGCCAAGCGGCUGUGA